AUGACUGAAGACAAAGUGCAAUUGGACGAUGUUCUGGGCACUCUUGGGGCGUUUGGUCGGCACCAGGUCAUAACACUGUGCUUGCUGUCAUUGGUAUACGCCACAAACUCUAUGUACAAUGUGAAUUAUGUAUUCGCUAUUGAGGAUGUAAAUUAUAGAUGUAAAGUUCCAGAAUGUGAUAUAGGCGACAAUUUCAGCGCGCCCUGGUUGUCAGAGCGGGACAUCAAACAAUGCUAUCAUCAUCCACCCUUGCAGGGAUGCACUGGUCUGAAUACAAGCAUCAGCGAAAUGUGUACUGAGUGGCUUUACGAUGUACCGAAUAGCUUUAUAGCUGAGUUUGGAUUGGCCUGCGAAGACUGGAAACCACCGCUAGUUGGCACAGUUCACAGUUUUGGUGCCAUGGUCGGAUUGUUACUACAAGGACAGAUCUCGGACAGAUUUGGGCGUAAGACUGCAGCCGUAUUCGCGGGGACUAUGGGCGCUAUUUUUGGGAUUAGCAAGAGUUUUUCUACGUCCUUUUGGCUUUACAUUGUCCUUGAAGGAUUGGAGGCUGCUAUUGGAGAUGCUCUUUCCCCAAUGUUUAUGUUAAGUAUAGAAAUAGUAGAGAAAAAACAAGCCGUACUAUUCCAAAUGAUACUACUCAAUUGUUAUACUGGAGGAUUAAUACUCAUGCCAUUUAUAGCAUGGGCUGUACCCUACUGGAGACAUUUCCUACGAGUCAUAUAUGCCCCAACUCUUAUUAUACUCACAUACUCCUUCUUUCUCGACGAGAGCAUUCGCUGGCUCUUCAGCAAAGGGCAGAAAGACAAAGCGAUUAGAUUAAUAGAAAAAAUUGCAAAGCAAAAUAAUAAACGCAUAGAUAAGGUGUUACUAAAUAGAUUAGAUUACACUCACGAAAAAGAUGAAACCCAAAGUGACAGGAAACUUUUAAUGAAAACUUUUAAGUCCCGAAUAAUGAUGCAGAGGUUUUUCGUGUGUAUGGUGUGGUGGUUGACGAUUACGCUUAUCAAUUACGGAAUGAUGAUAAGCUCGGUUCUUAUCGAGGGAAAUAAGUAUAUCAACUUUGCUCUCUUGAUGCUUAUGGACAUCCCAGCGAACGUCUUCUACUGGCUUGCACUUUCGAAAUACAAGAGGAAAAUGCCAUUGAUAGCAUCGUUUAUAAUUGGUGGACUAUUUUGUGUCUCUCAACCGUUCCUACCAAAAGGAUAUGCCUGGCUUGGUCUGCUAUUACUGAUGGCUUUUGAGACUCUGGCCACGUUCUCAUACAACAUCGUGUACAUGUACACUUCAGAGCUCUUUCCCACCUAUACUCGGAAUUCAAUGCACGCUAUCUGCUCUUCUAUCGGUCGCCUAGGCUCAUUACUGGCACCACAAACUCCUUUACUUAUGACAUAUUGGACAGGUCUCCCAGCGUUCAUAUUUGGUGCAUCUUCUCUGCUAUCAGGAGCUCUAACACUUUUGAUGCCUGAAACUGCAAAUACGCAGCUCCCAGAUACGGUACAAGAAGCAGAGGCGAUUGGUACUGUUAAGGAAAGAGUACAGAGUGAAGAACUUAAAGGACUUACUUAG